CAUUAGCAGCAGUUUCAUCAUCCCACACGCACGCGCAUUCUAGUUUCUAGCCGAUAGAAUUUGAUUACACAAAAAGUAGCUAGCAUCAGGGUUUUUAGCCGUUCUCUGAGAUUCUUCUCUCUAAUAAGGGGAGAUGUUGAAACUAGGGUUUAGGUUAUCGAUUGGCAUUCAACACCGCGUGCUCGUGAUCCCAUGGAUGAAGAGACACUCUGUGACGCCAAGAAUCUUGUGUUCAUCAGAGAAGCGGGAUUACAAUUCCUCUGGACUCAGUAGGUAUGUUCCCAAGAAGUCUCGGGAGAUUAGUGAACAAGUGACAUCUAAGCCUCUUGAUAGCUCUGAGAAGAGUGUAAAUGCUAGUAGAUGGGAUCGUAGUGUAUCGGAGUCUAUUAAAGCCAAGGGUAACACGAAAGAGGCUAAGGAGGAGGACUUGUAUAUGGAUCUGCAAGACAGAAACGAUGCUGGAGGUAGUUACAUGGAUGUGUCUUUUGAUGGCUCUAAUGAAGGUAUUACUAUGAGUUUGGAGAAGGGUAUGUCUGCUGGUAGAUGGGAUCAUUGUGUACCCGAGGGACCUAAAGGUGACUUUACAAGAGAGGGUGGAGCUGGUACGUAUUCUCACCCGCAGGGUAAAAACGAUGCUGGAACGUUCAGGAAUGUGUCUUGUGAUGAUUCUGGGGAAGAGUUGGAAGAGAGCAGUGAGGAUGAUAGAUCAACGACGAAACAAGCUUAUGAUGAAAUCAAGCGAUAUAUGGAUGCUGAGACUGCCAAGAGUAGCAAAGAAACCCAAGAGGCAGAGAACAUGGCUAUUCGUUAUCUUGGUUUAAGAGCAUAUACAGCAUCUGAGCUGAAGAAGAAGCUCAUUGGAAAGAAAUAUCCUCUUGAAAUCGUUGACAGUGUGAUCAAUGACUUUCAGCACCGAGGUUUCAUCAAUGAUAACUUCUACGCGGAAGCAUUCACACGGUCUAGAUGGUCUUCCUUAAGUUGGGGACCUAGACGGAUCAAGCAAGCAUUGUUUAAGAAAGGCGUAAGCAACGAAGAUUCAGAUGCGGCCAUAAAGCUUGUUUUUGAGAAAGACAACCAAUGCAAAGAAACAGAAGUUAGUCACGGGAUGUCCAAGGAAGCGAUGGAUCAGCUCUAUGUUCAGGCGUCAAAGCGGUGGCUCCAAGGCAGAGACUUGCCUGUAGAAAAUCGUAAAGCUAGAGUUAUACGGUGGCUUCAGUACAGGGGAUUCAACUGGGGUGUUGUCUCUCAGCUUAUCAAGAGGCUAGAAUCUCCACUGUCCUGAGUCUAAAGAUCAUUUUUUCUACAUCUUUAUGGUUUUGGUCCCUAGGUUUUUCUAGUUGUUUUGAAUUUCUUCCCAGUUUAUGUUCGAGUGAAGUUUAGCCCACAGUUUUUACAGUCAAUAAAUUCAUUUAUGUAAGUUUCAUCCACUCAGGGUUAGCAUUUAUAUAUGAGCUCAAAGAAUUUUAAUGAAAUCAUCGUUUUUUUUUUCUAAA